AUGGACCCCGAAAAAGAAUGCGAUCAUGAAACAGUCGAAGAUGUCAAGUCACAGUCUUCAGUCCCAGAGUUGAGUCGCUCUGCAGAAAAGCGAUUGCUGUGGAAACUUGAUAUUCACGUUGUUCCUAUUCUCAUGUUUCUUUUCUUGCUUGCUUUCCUUGAUCGAAUCAAUAUUGGCAAUGCGCGGCUGCAGGGUUUAGAGAAGGAUCUUGGUAUGAAGGGUCAUGAUUAUAAUAUUGCGCUUUUUAUUUUCUUCAUUCCCUAUAUCCUGUUUGAAGUUCCCAGCAAUCUUGUCUUGAGAAAGGUGCCGCCGUCGUGGUGGUUGAGUGGGAUUAUGCUCUUGUGGGGCAUUGUGACGGUCUGUCAGGGUUUAACAAAGAGUUUCGGUGGUCUUAUCGCGUGUCGCUUUUUGUUGGGGUUGUUCGAAGCAGGGUUCAUGCCAGGUGUGUCUGUUGUGGUUCCUCACUUGAUCGUCGCUAAUGUGACAGGUUGUGUCUAUUUGAUCGCCAUGUAUUACAAGCGUCAUGAAUUGCAGUGGCGAUUGAAUGUCUUCUUCAGCGCGAGCAUUCUGGCUGGUGCAGUUAGUGGACUUCUUGCCUAUGCCAUCGCCCAGAUGGACGGUGUAGCUGGCUAUAGCGGCUGGCGCUGGAUCUUCAUCAUUGAAGGUUUAGUCACUGUCAUUGCUGCCAUUGCUGCCAAGUUUCUGAUUGUGGACUGGCCUGAGAAGGCCUCGUUUUUGAACGAUCAAGAACGAGCUCUGCUGCUUCGAAGACUAUCAGAAGACCACGGAGAGGCUCAGAUGAACCGCUUCGACAAGCCAGCCAUCAAACGUACCUUCUCGGAUCUCAAGUUGUAUCUCGGCCCGAUCAUGUACUUUGGCAUCGUGAACACCGGGUACGCUACAUCUUUCUUCACGCCCACAAUCCUCAAACAACUCGGCUGGACCUCCGUUCGCGCCCAAGUAAUGAGCAUCCCAAUCUACCUCGUCGCAACAGUCAUCGCACUCGUAACAGCCUUUGCCAGCGAUCGACUGCGCCAUCGAUUUGCAUUUACCCUGACAGGCUGCCUCAUCGCCACCAUCGGGUAUGUCAUUUUGAUCUGCCAACAGUCGGUGCCCGUCGGUGCCCGAUAUUUCGCUCUCUACGCCAUCACCGGCGGUGGAUACAUGACCCAGCCGAUUCUCAUGGGCUGGCUGAGCAACAAUAUGGCGGGGCAUUAUAAGCAGUCCAUUGCGUCCGCUAUGCAGAUCGGAUUUGGUAAUUGUGGCGGUCUGGUGGCCAGUAAUGUCUUUUUUGAUUCGGAGGCUCCUACCUACGCUACUGGCUUUGGUGUUAGUUUGGGGAUGGUCUGGAUCUGUGGGUUCGCGUGUGUCAUUUUCUUUACUUAUUUACAUCGUGAGAAUCGGUUGCGUGAGCAGGGCAAGAGGGAUUAUCGGUAUCAGUGGCCGCGGGAGGAACUGGAGAAUCUUGGAGAUGAUCAUCCUGGUUUCCGGUUUACUUACUGA